AUGUCGCUUAAUUUGACUGCAUCACCCUCGGAUUCGGGAAAUCGGGACGGGAUCGCGAAGAUCAGUGAUGGCAUGCAACUCAUCUUAACCAGUACCGAACUGAGCGAUGUCCAGUUCGCUGUGGGACGGGACUAUGGCGACGUGAAGACCUUCCUAGCUCACAGACUCAUCCUGAGCAUCCGCAGCGAUGUGUUCGAUACCAUGUUCUACGGCAGCGUACCAGAGACUUGCUCAGCUCCCAUCGACGUCCCGGACAUUCAUCCCGAAGCCUUUGCUAAUAUGCUCAGCUACAUCUACACCGAUGCCGUGAAGAACUUGUCACAGGAUAACGUCUUCCAUACACUGGGCUGCGCGGACAAGUAUGACUUACCAUUGCUGGUCGCCAUCUGCGUUGAGUUUGCCCUGAAGGAGCUGAAAAUCCAGAACUGUCUGGAUAUGCUGGAUAGUGCGGUUCUGUACGCAAGUGUUGCGCCAAGUAUCCUGGAGAAGUGUUUGUGCCUGAUUGAUGAAUCAGUGGAAAUUGUGUGGAAGCUGGAUCAGUUUUGUGCAAUUGGAUACGAGGCGCUGCGCAUCAUCCUCCAGCGGGAUAUGCUGACCGCCAACGAAGACAAAAUUUAUUCGGCGGUUGAGAAGUGGACUGCAAACAUGUGCAAGUCGAAAAACGUGGGUGUUUCCCCCGCCAAUCGCCGCGAAAUAGUGGGCCGGGCGUUGUACCUGAUUCGCUUCCCGCUUUUGACUGACACUCAACUGCUGGAUGGACCCGUGCAGACUGGUUUGUUGCUGCAAUCGGAAGCAUGGGACAUCUGCCAGUACAAACACGCCGUCAUCAAACCAGAUCUGCCAUUCCCUACGGAAUCACGACAAAAUGUGCGUUCUCAGGGCGUCAUUAAUUAUACGAUUCCGGAUUUGAGGGAACUCAGUGAGGCAAGCAAAUGCAGUGAUCCCAUUUCAGUCAGGAAGCUGCUGUGGAACAUCGAGGUGGUCAAGAGGACGGAUAGUGGAUCCGCUACUCUGGGCUUUUACCUAGAGUGUUCUGGUGAUCCAGAAUGUGAUUCUUGGAAGUAUCAGGUUACAACAGAAUUUCGCCUGCUACCCUGGAAAACGGGAACUACAGCAAUUAAUAAACAGUUUGAGAAAUCUGUGUUCGACAAGAAGAAGCCGUGGGCAGGAACUUCGAGAUUCGCCUCUAUGAAGGACUUACUUGAUCCGGCGAAAGGCUACGUCAAUCCUGCUGACUUCUCCUUGAAACUGCAAGUUCACCUGACCGCAGAUCUUCCUGGUGCAGCUGGAUAAUGCAGUGUUUCAAGGAGCGUCUUAUGGAUAUGGACCAGAAAAUAAUACCACUUGAAGUAUUCAGUUGCACGCUCAGGUUGGCUGGCGAUUCCCGGCUGAUGUAUGUGUUUUUCACUUAAGGACGAG